AUGCUUUGGGAGUGGCUAGUUAUGCCGCAAGGACUGAAUAACGCCUCUGCGACAUUCAAUAGAUGCGUCAUGCAUCUAUUGCGUUCGGUGCGCGACUUCGCACCGAGCUACUUCGACGAUGUGUACGUCCACAGCCGAGCUGUGAACGAGAAGACGGACGUCGAGAUGAACAAGGAACGUCUCCAAGAACUGCUUGGGCUCAUGCGCAAGCACAAGCUCUAUGCGAACCUGAAGAAGUGCAUCUUCGGUGCGAGCGAGAUACCCGUGCUAGGGUGUCUCGUUGGGAAGAAUGGUGUACGCCCUGACCCCGAGAAGGUCAGAGUGAUCAAGGAAUGGCCUACGCCAUCCAACGUGAAGGAACUGCGGCAGUUUCUUGGCCUUGCCACGUACUUGUGCAAGUACCUCCUGAAGAAGGAAGCUGCGUGGACAUGGACUGCUAAGUGUCAGCAAGCAUUCGAUGCAGUCAAGCUGGGCUUGACUGAAGCGCCGAUCUUGGCGGUGGCCGAUCAAGAUCGUCCCUUCCACGUAGUACGUGACGCAUCCGACUUUGCGAUCGGAUGUGCAUUAAUGCAACUCGAUCACGAGGGCCGUGAUCGAGCCGUCUAUUACCAGUCACGUCAGCUGAAGCCAGCUGAGCGGAACUACCCAGUACAUGACAAGAAAAUCCUUGCCAUGAAGUAUGCACUCGCGAAGUUCCGAGUGUAUUUACUCAGCAACACGCCGUUCGUGGUCUAUACGGACCACGCGUCGUUGCGAACGGCUGUGAAGUCCCCGCACAUCUCGCAACGAAUGGCGAGAUGGUUGUCCUUCUUCGCGGAGUACAACGUUCGGGUCGAGUACAAACCCGGAAGGUUGAAUGUCGUCGCGGACGCAUUGUCGCGACGACCGGAUUACGAUGUCAAGAUAGCCGACGUCAACCGGAUUGAUGUCGCUCGGACAUACACGCCGUCGUCGCCCUUGUUGGACGAGGUGAAGGCCGCGUAUGCGCAUGACGCAGACGCGAAGCAGCUGAUCGAGUUCCACUCAGCUCCUUCCAACAAACCACGUCGGAAGUUGGCCCCUCGUCUACGAGCGAGUGCACACCGGUAUCGUGUGCACGACGGUCUACUGCUUUACAGCGCUGUAAACGACAAUGCGGAACGCAUUGUCGUGCCAAAUGAACCUGACCUGCGCAGCAGGAUCAUGUACGAGUAUCACAAUACGUACUCUCUUCUCACGCGAGACUUCUACUGGAACCACCAGUACCAGUGGGUGCGCAAGUACGUACGUACUUACGAUGUUUACCAGCGAGUGAAGCCUGCGUCUCACUCGCAGGCUCUUCUACAACCACUGCCGACUCCGUCGGAGUGUUGGGAGUCCGUUUCGAUGGACUUCGUGUUUGAUCUUCCGCGCGAUUCCAGGCGGAAGACUGGUAUUGUGUUCUUUGUGGACCGCUUCAGCAAGAUGGUGCAUCUCGCUGCUGUCGCAGCGGAGGUGACCUCCGUACAGACGGCACGUCUGUUCGUCGACAUGCUCUCAAGUUUGUCCACGAACGACAAGCAGUCGUUCGAUUUGUACAAAAUGCAAUUGCAGCUUCUGCGGAUAGGCAGAAGCUGA